GCGUGAAAAUUUAGCCAUGGCUGUCUGUCUGUCUGUCUGUCUGGUGUCUGUCUGCGCGCCCUAAGUACGCAGCAGACUCGAGCCCAUUUCACCAUCUCGGCAUCAAAUUGCAAACUAAAACUUGCGCUCAACAAGUAACAUUUUGCCCGAGCUGUCCCAACCGCUACCUUUGCAAUCCGUGGUCGGUGUCUCGAGAUAGCACACCGUUUGUGCAAAUAUAUAUGUCACAUGGACGCGUCCCCGGGAGGCGUCGUCAUUUUUGUUUUUCUCUGGGCAACAAACUACACGCACGCAAGAAGAAACCACGACGCACAUACUGCCGUGCUGCACACACUGCUGCUGCUACUGGCAAGACACGCACUACACAGAGACAGGGAACAUGGACAAGGGGGGCGGGACACACACACAUACUGCUGUUAGCGACGGCGGAGGAAGCGGGGAACGUUUGGUUGGUCUGGGGUUCAUCGCUGAUGAUGUUGUUGUUGUUGUUUCCGUUGUUUGUUGUUGUUCAACGCAGCCGGCCUUUUCCUCGCCUUUUUUUCUCUGGAGAGAGAGGGAGUCCCACCAACCAGCGUGUGUUGCACACACCACACAGCGAGAGCGGGACGGGAGCAGGGUGUGCCCUAUACUACUGCUGCUGCUAGCUUUCGGCGGAGGAAGCGAGAGGAGAGAUAUUGAUUGGGUCUCUGUGGGUCCAUCGGUUGGUUGUUGUUAUUGUGUUACGACGCGGCGGGAGGGAGCGGGCUCUGACUCUGUUCUGGAGAGAGGCACACAUACAUCACAGCACGGGACCAGUAACACAUCACGCUCGUUCCUAGACGAU